CCACCCGGGCAGUACAAUGUCCACAACAGAGCAACAAUCAACAGAGGCCUCUCCAUCUUCAAAUUCAAAUUCAUCCACUUACUACGAAGCUGUAGAAGCAGAAGCAGCCAAUAAAUAUGAACCUGUUUCUCCUCACUGGUCUUACUGCAGGACAGUAGAUUCCAGAGACAAAUGGAUUCCCUUCAGUGAACAAGAUUCAGAGAAGUUGGAAACAGCUUAUCAGUCUAGCAAGCAUUGCAAGGAGGUGAUUGUGCCUACCGAAGGGGGCCGGUAUGACGUCCACUUAAAGAAGAGGGUGCGCUAUGCUGUUUACUGGGAAGAAGAAGAAUCAGAAGUAAGACGCUGUACUUGGUUUUAUAAAGGCGAUAAAGACAACAGAUACAUUCCAUAUCCUGAAAACUUCAGUGAACAGCUAGAGGACACUUAUAUGAUUUGUGUGACCUUAGAUGAAUGGAAGAAGAAAUUGGAAUCUCCAAACAGAGAAGUAAUCAUAUUACAUAAUCCAAAGUUAAUGGUACAUUACCAGCCAGUAGCAAUCACAGACGACUGGGGUGUGAGUCCUGCAGAACAAGGCCGGCCAAGGACUGUGAAGAGAGGAGUGGACAGUAUAUCUGUUGAAAUCCCUCAUGGGGAACCAACGCAAAUUGAUCAUUUAGUUUUUGUUGUUCAUGGAAUUGGACCAGCUUGUGAUAUUCGAUUCCGGAGUAUCGUUCAAUGUGUCAACGACUUCCGCAGCGUUUCCUUGAACAUGCUCUCAGCCCAUUUCAAGAAAGCUCAGGAACAGCAACAGAUUGGUCGAGUUGAAUUUAUUCCAGUGAACUGGCACAGUACUUUACAUACAGGAGUAGAUGUAAAUUUGGAGAGAAUCACCUUGCCAAGCAUCAACCGCUUACGUCACUUCAUCAAUGAUACCAUUCUGGAUGUGUUUUUCUACAACAGCUCUACUUACUGUCAAACCAUUGUGGAUACGGUUGCAUCAGAAAUGAACCGGAUUUACCUGCUCUUUUUGGAGAGAAAUCCUGAUUUCAAAGGAGGCGUCUCCAUAGCUGGCCAUAGCUUAGGGUCUCUGAUAUUAUUCGAUCUUCUCACAAAUCAGAAAUGGACAUCUGAUGAGCAAGAAAAAAAAGAGGGAUUACAAAGACUGGUAAUGCAUCAGGAAGUCAACAAAUCUAUGAAGGACAUCUUAGCAGAACUUGAUCUUUCUGAAUAUUAUGCUGUGUUUGAGAAGGAAAAAAUGGACCAUCAAGCAUUGGCCUUGUGCACAGACAAGGAACUUAAAGAGAUGGGGAUCCCCUUGGGACCCAGAAUCAAGAUCCUGCACUAUUUAAGGAAGAGGAGCAACUCUCAGAAUUGAAGGAAGGCCUCACUCGGAUGAGCAUGGACCUGAAAAAUAACUUGCUGGGUUCCUUGAGGACCGCUUGGCAGUCUUUCACCAGAACAUCAUUGCCAGCUGUGGAGGCAGGAGCCACUGGAGAUGUGGAACAUGAAUCGGAAGCUGAAACGAGCACGGAGAAGCAACCCGUUUUCUUCCAUAUGAAUACAGAGGAGAAACCAGAGGAGAAACCAGAGGAACCAACCACAUCAGCAAAAGAGGAUCCGCCUCCAGUUAAUGUGGGCCUGCUGAAUGGGGGCCACCGCAUUGACUAUGUGCUUCAAGAGAAACCCAUUGAAAGCUUUAACGAAUAUUUAUUUGCACUGCAAGGCCAUUUAUGCUACUGGGAGUCAGAAGACACAGUAUUAUUAUUGUUGAAAGAGAUUUAUCAAACAAAGGGCAUCAGCAUGGAUCAGCCCCCUUUGUAGAGACAAACUGAUCAGCUGCACAACUCUGGAUACCAAAUAUAUGUCCCGUGUCACCUUCCUCUUUUGUCUGAUGUGAGCAGCAUGCUUCCUCCUCACAGUCUGGAACUCUAUUCAGAGAUGGUAGUGAGCAUUGAGAUCCUGUCGGAUUCCUGGUAUAUUCAGGCCCUUGUCAAUUAACGAUCUACAUUUUCUGUCUACAGCCAGUGUGUCUUUAGAUCCGGUGCAAUACCAGUUGUGUCACCUUCAGUUUAUGCACUAGUCAAGACUUGAAAUUGGUGCUAGAAUUUCACAUCUUGUCUCCAUUAGAAAAACCUCAAGAUGAGUGAUGGGCAAUGAAGGAUUUUGACUUUUAGAAGCACUUCUGAGGCCGUUCCGAGUGUUCAGCAUUACAUGUCAGAUUAUUUGUGGGGAGUUCAUUUUUGUUUUGUGUUAUCUUAUUGCUGAUUUACUCAAUACAGGGCUCAAGGUCAAAGUGAAAAGCUGGGCAAGCCAAGUCCCAUUCUUCUCUGAAAUAAGUAUAAUGGUGACGACGACGAUGCCAGCAAUAGCAAUCCUAUCAGUCUACUUUUCUAAAGCAGGGAAAGUGUAUACCUACUUACCUGGGAAGGAACUGGCAAAGCUUGUAGAUUUGAUCUUGUUUACAGCGAUCAGGAUAUGGAUGAAUGACUCCUCUCCCUGUGUUAUUGCAAACAUUUGUAGAAGCUGUGUGUUUAUGUUCUGAUGUGAGAGGUGCCAAACUUCAUAUAAGCAGCAGUUUGAUACACCCUUUUCAGUGCAUGCAAUUGGGUUCUUGAAAGCAUCUGAAGAACGAGGUCACAUCCUAGAAACCUCGACCCACGUAGUCAUUGGACAGAUGAUUGUUUCUUCAAGCACCAGAUAAGGGCAGCUCUAUCUAUACCAGCAGUUUUACUUGGGAGCUCUCAGGGUGAUUGGCUGACCAUUUGGACAGACAAUUCACAUUGUUGGUUUAGUCUGCCAGAGUGUAAAUUCAAUGCAUGGCUCAACAUCUUGACUGGCUAGUUAUGGAACCCAUCUGUGAUUUCAUGGUGUAUAUAUGUUGGAUGACUUUUUCUUUUGUCACAAAGUGGUCAAUUGCUUUUCACUUACCUGACAUUCUACAAAAUUUCUCUUUUCAAGAAAGUCUUGACCAAGGGAGCAGCAAGCAGCAUGUUUACAAGUAGGAUGUGAUCACGCUGUCGCUACACUCUGUUCACCUUGUGUAUUCCAAUUCUGCGCCGGAUACUUAGUUGUUCUCGUUGUUUGCACUGUUAUUGCAUCAUUGAAUUUCCCAGCCUCUCAUGCUACACUUGUGGCUGAACAGAAUGCCAUUUGAUAUGACCAAAUUCUCAAUUGGAGUAUCAAUAGGAAAAGUCAAGCAGUUGGAAGUUAAUGCACUUUGUAAAAUAUUACCUUUAAAAAAAAAAAAAGUUAUUUAACUUUUUUCCA